UGGUGUUCAGACAAACAAGCUCUGAUUUAAAAGCACAUUUCUUUCCUUUUAAGAAUUAACUCUCUGACAGAGAAUGUGUCUUGGUAUUCUUGCAGUAGAUGGGGCGUCCUCUGAGGAUAACUGCAGUUAUCAGCAUCUUUUUAACUACCUGAACCUGAGUCUGUCCAGUAAAAAUGAUCUGUACACCAUGUCCCGGCCUGUUAAACACCACAAUACGACUAUGAAAGUAUAUCUGGAAGUGCUAAUCUAUGCCAUCCUAGAUAUGAAAGAGACUGACCAGACUUUAAUUUCUUACGUUUGGAUUUAUAUGAGCUGGAAGAAUGAACACAUUACAUGGAAUCCAAAUGACUUUUGUGGACUUAAACAUAUAGACAUUCCUGCUGAGCUUUUGUGGAAGCCAGAUCUCACUAUUGAAGAGAUGACAGAAAAGGACAAGACCCCUUCAAGUCCUUAUCUCACUAUUAACUCUGAUGGUACUGUUGAACGUACGGACUAUAAAGUGCUAGUCAGCGCUUGCAGGAUGCAAGUUCACAAAUUCCCCUUCGGCAUUCAGACCUGUAACCUUUCGUUCAAGUCUGUUAUUUACAAUGUUGAGGAAGUGAAUCUUCAACCUCACAGCGACUCUUCAGUGGCCACAAAGUCGUCUCGUGUCUUGAUGCAGACCCAGUACGAGUGGGUGUUCAUCAGCGAGACAGUCACAAAAACAACUUUUGACAGGAAGAACUUCAAUCAAAGCCUGAUCGUUCACACUAUCAAAAUGAAGAGGCGACCAAUCCUCUACAUUGUCAACUUCUUGCUGCCCAUCCUGUUCUUCUUGUGUCUGGACUUGGCCUCCUUCCUGAUCUCAGACAGCGGGGGCGAGAAGCUGAGCUUCAAGGUCACUGUGAUGCUCGCUGUCACUGUGAUGCAGCUUAUUCUCAUUGAAAUUCUACCUUUCUCAUCAGACAGGAUUCCACUUAUAGUGGUCUACUGCAUAGGGAUAUUUGGUUUCACGCUGCUCAGCCUCCUGGAGACCAUUGUUGUGAUGUAUCUAAUGGAGAAAGACUCUGCAUCCCCAGACGAAGCAGACGGAGACCAAAGCCUGAGUGAAGACUGUGGGGAUAAACAGGGCAAAGUCAACUUCAACAACUUUUAUAGAGAGGUGAGUAAAUUGAUAAACUCUGCCUGUAUCAGUGAUGUAUCUGCUGAUGAAACUCCACCUGAACUGCUACCUGUGGCCAAAGAGGGUAGCAGCACCCGACUGAGAGAGAUUUCCCAUGUCUUGGAAAGACUCUCAGAUGAGCUGAAGGAGAUGGAGAAAACGAUGGUUCUGCUCCUCAACAGCAGGAAGGAAAAAGCGAAGCCUGGCUACUGGACCAGAGUGACAAAAACAAUCAACCGAGUAUUCUUCAUUUCCUAUGUCAUAGUGAUUGGCCUGUUUUUAGUCUUUAUCUUUUCAAAAUGGAUCAGUGAAGAAAAUGAGUAGUUCUCAUUGAUUUGUUACAAGCAGAUCAGAAGUUGUAAAUAUGGAUCACAAUGUAGUUAUUUUGGUGAACAGUCCUGCAUCAUCAGAACUACAUGGACCCACUGUCACUCUCAGUUAGUCACCCCUACAUACCUGACGCUUACUCCUUCCUGGACCUAAAUACCCACAGUAUACCAACACAGGAGACUCUUGAAGAAUCACUUGGACCUGCAUGGCGAGGGUCAUGUGACUGACGGGAUAGCCAAACUAGCACCACAGCUAGAGAGAUAAUCUGCUAGCAUGUUUACUUCUAGCCUCAAUUUGUGCCUCUCAUAUAAUAGCACAGAGAUAAUCGGAAUUCCUCUUAAAGAUGUUAAAAUGUUUGAAAAAAGAAAGCAAAAACUGUUUUGUUAAAAAUAUUUUACAGUGGAUACACUUCAGUUGGAAUUUAUCAUUGGAAAUUGGUCUUUUUACUGAGCUUUGCUCUCAUUAUCUGAUACCUGCUGGACAUUUGUGACAGAACCAGAUAUUAAAACACAGGAAAAAUAUGUGACAGUAUAAAUGUAAUAAAUUCAAUAGAAUUGCAUUGAUCUUUAAAUGUAGUUUGUUUCUCCUGGCUUUACCCAGGCCUACUACACAACCCCAUAGCCCUCCCCCUUACCUUGCCCCAUGCCACCCUCUCUCUCUGUACCUUAUGGGUUUUUUUUUCCUCCUCUGUGAUUUUACAGUGUUUCGCUGCUUUUAUGUAGUGUUACUCUUAUGAAGUUUACGCUUUUAUAUUCACAGUGUAUUAUGUAUAUUAUGUAAAUUGUCUUUUGGGUGCUAUAUAAAUUAAUAGUAGUAUUGGUGUUUGUGCAGACCUGCUAUGUGAUUGUCUUUUCUACUUUUAGUUUUUGAGAUAAAAAAAAAAGAGCCUUAUUAAAAUCUCUC